UGAAUCCCAGCUACUGGCUUCAGGGCCUUUAUGGAGAGACUUUUGGAGGCCUGAUUCAGAGAUGGGAGGAAGGGCAGUAGUCAGUAGUCCAUAUUUUACACCACACCCUACCCCUCCUCCCCCAUUGCCCCCCAUGUCCUUUACUGUAUCCGCAGCCAUGUCAAAACCAACUUUCCUGUCACUCAGAGUCACAGUCCCUCCAACGCAGAUAAGACUUUGCUUUCAAUGGGCGUUAUUUCGAGCUGUUUCGGGCUUUUGGUCUCAGUGAAGGUUAUUCUCAGGGGAGAAUGUUUGGGUUGAUAAAGGUGCCAGUUUGACACCUGCCUCUUCCACUGUCUCGACAGUGUGUGUGUGUGUGUGUGUGUGUGUGUGUGUCUAUGUGCAUUGUCAGAGAGUUUGUGUGCGUCCUAAGGGAGUAUGUCUGUACGUCUUUGCACGGCUGUUUGUUCUGUAUUGUGUUUUUACUCCCAUGACUUGACCCCCUUGUAGUCUAAAAGGAAGCGGAAACACAAUGGGAACUCCUUCCGUUUCCUUUAUUUCUUUCUUCUCUCUCUCUCUCUCUCUCUCUCACAAUUGUUCAACCCUAACACUCCUAAUUCUCAUUUCACAGGAAAUAACCUAUUUACUCUUUCUUACUCAUUCCUCUCUCUCUUCUUGUUUGCACACACAGAACAAGCUCACAUCCUUCACCCUUUCCUUUUAUCUCUAUACCUCUACACACACACACACACACACACACACACACACACACACACACGCAGCCACGGCUACAAACACUAAUGGGCUGGAUGAAUGGAUAUCAACAUACGGUCAGGAGACCAACUGCACACUCAUGCACACACACUAACCCUUAAAGCCCAUUAACUGUCCAGCAUCGACGCCAUGCUCUACUCUGCCCCCUGCUGCCUGCACGCUGCACCCGCCAGUAACAGGUGUGGGAUUCAAUUAGAGCAGCAUGUUCUCAGCAGUCAGUCCUGUGAGCAGGCCAUGACUGUGAACUGGGCAGAGGCUCGGGCCAAAAGAGCUCUCACAUCCCUGUACCAAAGAAAAAAAAACAAUUAAAAAAAAAGCACAAACAACCACGUCAACACCACUUUAGAAUCAGCUGCCAACCAUUGGCAGGGGGUAUUUAGAUCAUCAAAGUCUUAUAUUAACCAUCAGCAUGCCGCUGUCAUACGAAACAUAAAAACACCACGGAUUGCAGGAGACAACCAAAGUGAAAAGGCUAAAUUUAGCCUGAAGCUGUCAGCCCUCACUGUCAGCGCUCAAAAAUUACAGCAAAACGGGGGAGAUAUUUACUGUCAUUUUCUGAAAAGUACCGGCGCUUUAAUCAUUUGCAGCCUCAUAUUGACAAGUAACAGCUGACCUGUGCCUGGGAAAGGGAUUAUGGAGAUAAAUGGUCCACUGUUACAGCAUUAUUUCCCUGUAUGUAUGGCAGUAAUUGGCAUGCUAGAGUCUGAUAGCUACAGCCUGGGUUUUAAUCCCUGAUAAGGUAAAUUUCAUUUGCCAUCUGGCUAGUUUGUGAGGUUAAGAAGUGUUAUGAAUAUGCUGCCUAGUCACUUCAAUUACUGCAAUCGCUACGCACACCAACGUUUGAAUUAAUCUAUUAAUCUAACUAUCUCACAUGAUCCCAGAUGGCUCUUACUCCAGCUAACCUGCUCUAGCCAGACAAGGAUAAUGCCUAAUCUCAAGAUGUAUGCCUAAUGUCUAAUGCCUUUUUGCCUAAAUCCUCAUUCACACUGUGUUCAUAAUAGUCUUAAUAGUCGUACUAGAAUCACUACUCUUAGGGUUUGGCUGCUUCCUUCCACUAUAAUCGCCCUUCACGGUUAGCAGGGAAGAGAGAACGAGGCACAGUGGAGGAGAGGCAGAAAGAGCCCCCCCCCCCCCAGCCUGCUCUCCCCUAGGCAGGGUUUGCAGGGUGUGAAGCGUGGCCACUGUUUGGCCUGUGUGUGUGUGUAUGUAUGUAUGUGCGUGCGUGUGUGUGUGUGUCUGUGCAGCCCGGAGGCCGCUCCAUGGGCUCCUUUAACAGCGGGGCCCACCCAACGGCCGGCUCGUUAGAAUAGCCCAGGCGUGCUGAGCCAGCAGGGUCGGUACGGGAGGGGAGAGGCACAGAGGAACACGGAUUAGGAGCAGGAGCAGCAGGAGGAGGCCACAGAAGUCUUUGUGUGCCCGGGCACGCUGCUGCGGCUCCAGGCGGCCAGCUCUCUGCAAGAGGCGGAGCACCAGGCGGGGGCGUGGUGUAAGGACCCCCUGCAGUCUGGGGACCGCCUCUACGUCAUGCCCUGGACCCCCUAUCGAACGGACAUGCUGUAUGAGUACGCCUCCUGGGAAGACUUCAAACAGAACCGGGCCACCACCACCUACAAGUUGCCCAACAGAGUUGACGGCACGGGGUUUGUGGUGUAUGACGGCGCGGUCUUCUACAACAAGGAACGCACGCGGAACAUCGUCAAGUAUGACCUGCGCACGCGCAUCAAGAGCGGCGAGGCCAUCAUCACAAACGCCAACUACCACGACACCUCGCCCUACCGCUGGGGAGGGAAAUCGGACAUCGACCUGGCUGUGGAUGAGAACGGCCUCUGGGUGAUCUACGCCACCGAGGCAAACAAUGGACGACUGGUAGUGAGCCAGGUGAACCCUUACACCCUGCGCUUCGAAGGCACCUGGGAGACGAGCUUCGACAAGAGGAUGGCAUCCAACGCCUUCAUGGCGUGUGGCGUCCUCUACGCGGUUCGCUCCGUCUACCAGGACGACGACAGCGAAUCGGGCGGCGACCUGGUGAUGUACGCCUACAAUACGAACCGAGCCCGCGAGGAGCCCGUCAACAUCCCCUUCCCCAACCCCUACCAGUACAUCUCGUCCGUGGACUACAACCCUCGGGACAACCAGCUCUAUGUCUGGAACAACUACAACGUGCUGCGCUACCCGCUGGAGUUUGGACCGCCGGACCCCACCGUGGGCCCGCUAACCACCACCCAAGUGACCACCACGCCUCCAGCCAAGUCCUUCACCUCCAGUGCCAGCCCGUCCACCGCCCGCCCCCUGGCGCCCACCUCGCGCCCGAUCGGCUCCAUCAACAAGCACCCGGAUCUCCGCCCGAUCACGGCCACGGUGCCCGUCACCCGCCGGCCGCCUCGCCCCCCUCAAGCCCCGGAGGACCACGUCUGUGAGGCCAAGCUGCUCCGCGGCGUCCGAUGGCCCGCCACGCAGCGGGGGGAGACGGUAGACCGCCCGUGUCCCAAAGGGUCUUUAGGCAUUGCUUCGUUCCACUGCAUGGUCGAGCAGGUCAUGUGGAACCCGCGGGGUCCCGACCUGAGUAACUGCACCUCCCCGUGGGUCAACCAGGUGGCCCAGAAGAUUAAAAGCGGCGAGAACGCGGCCAACAUAGCAGGAGAGCUAGUGAACCACACGCGGGGUCGGAUCCAGGCCGGAGAUGUCAGCUCGUCGGUGCGACUGAUCGAGCAGCUGCUGGACAUACUGGAUGCCCAGCUUCAGGCCCUGAGGCCCGCCAACAAGGAGUCCGCGGCGCGAAACUACAACAAGCUCCAGAAGCGAGAGCGGACCUGUCGGGCCUACAUCCAGGCGGUGGUGCAGACGGUGGACAACCUGCUGCGUCCUGAGGCCCUGGAGUCGUGGCAGGACAUGAACGCCACAGAGCAGGCGCACACGGCCACCAUGCUACUGGACGUGCUGGAAAAGGGAGCUUUCCUGCUGGCCAACAACAUGUAUGGCAACCGGUUUUCUGACAGAGCGCCCAGCAUUGAUCUGGAGGUGCACGUCCUGAACACGGAGAUGGACCUGCAGGACUUGUCCUUCCCACAGAAUUACGGCAGCGACAGCAGCAUCCAGCUUUCAGCUUCCACUAUCAAACAGUACAGCCGCAACGGACAAGUCAAGGUGGUGUUCAUUCUGUAUAAAAACUUGGGAUCCUUCCUGUCUACCGAGAACGCCACGGUGAAGAUGGAAGUGGACGGGCCGAGCCUCGACAAGAAGCGCCUGGCGGUCAACUCCCACGUCAUCGCCGCCUCCAUCAACAAGGAGUCCAGCAGGGUGUUCCUCAUAGAGCCGGUGGUCUUCACUCUCAAACACCUACAGCCGGAGAACUAUAACACCCCGAAUUGUUCCUUCUGGAACUACUCGGAGCGCUCCAUGACGGGCCAGUGGUCGUCGCAGGGCUGCAAGCUGUUGCACACCAACAACACACACACCACCUGCUCCUGCAGCCACCUCACCAACUUCGCCGUGCUCAUGGCUCGCAGCGAGCCCGAUUACCAGGAGCGAAUGCACGAACUGAUCCUGUUUGUGAUCACCUGGGUGGGGAUCGUCAUCUCCCUCGUGUGUCUAGCCAUCUGCAUCUCCACGUUCUGCUUCCUGCGGGGACUGCAGACUGACCGCAACACCAUCCACAAGAACCUCUGCAUCAAUCUCUUCAUCGCCGAGCUGCUCUUCCUCAUCGGCAUCGACAAGACGGAAUACCAUAUUGCUUGUCCCAUCUUUGCUGGCCUUCUGCAUUUCUUCUUCUUGGCUGCCUUCUCCUGGAUGUGUCUGGAGGGUGUGCAACUCUAUCUCAUGCUGGUGGAGGUCUUUGAGAGCGAGUACUCCCGCAAAAAGUACUACUAUCUGUGUGGUUACUGCUUCCCCGCACUGGUGGUGGGCAUCUCGGCGGCCAUAGACUACAGAAGCUAUGGGACCAAGAAAGCAUGCUGGCUGCGAGUGGAUAACUACUUCAUCUGGAGCUUCAUUGGACCCGUUUCGUUUGUUAUUAUGCUCAACCUCAUCUUCCUCAUGAUCACUUUACACAAGAUGAUACGCAACUCUUCAGCACUCAAACCUGACUCCAGUCGUCUGGAUAACAUCAGGUCGUGGGCUCUGGGGGCCGUCGCUCUGCUGUUCCUGCUGGGAAUGACGUGGGCUUUUGGUCUGCUCUUCAUCAACGAGAACACGGUAAUCAUGGCCUACCUCUUCACCACCUUCAACGCCUUCCAGGGGAUGUUCAUCUUCAUCUUCCACUGCGCGCUGCAGAAGAAGGUCCAUAAGGAGUACAGCAAGUGUCUGCGUCACUCCUACUGCUGCAGCCGCACCUCCACCACCAGCUCCCACGGCUCCCUGAAGAACUCGGGCCUACGUGCCAACAACCGCUACUACAGCGGCAGCCAAGCUCGCCACGCAGCCGUCCACCGACAGAGUCGGAUCCGCAGGAUGUGGAACGACACGGUUCGAAAGCAGACGGAAUCGUCUUUCAUGGCUGGAGACAUCAAUAGCACCCCGACGCUGAACCGCGCGACCAUGGGCAACCACCUUUUGACCAACCCGGUGUUACAGACCCGCACUGGCACCUCUCCUUACAACACUCUGCUGGCUGAGAGCUUCACACCCCCCUCACCUGGUGUCUUCAACUCUACCGGAACCUUCCGUGAUCCAAAGAGCACGUUGUCAAAGGCCCGCGACCCCUGCGGGAUGGAAACCCUGCCCCUGAAUGGCAACUUCAACAACAGCUACUCUCUGCGCAGCGGCCCGGGGGGCGCGGGCGGAGGCAGCUGUGACUUCCUCGGCGGUGGGGGCGGAGACAGUCCCCCGCCCCUCCUCCAUCCCCGCGGCUCGGAGGCACUCGGGGGCGGAGGCGUCCGCCGAAACCUCUCCGACGCCGCCGCCUUCGAAAAGAUGAUCAUCUCUGAGCUCGUGCACAACAACCUGAGAGGAGGAGGCGGCGGCGGCGGCGGCGGAGGGGGCGGCGGAGGGGACGCGGCGGACCGGGCGUGCGGCAGCCUGGCCAGGGGGCCCCGUCCCCACGGCGGGGUCGGGCGGGGCGCGCCGGGGGCCGGGCCCGAGCUGUCCAUGAGCACGGAUGAAGACGAGGACUUCCUGAGGGAGGGGCGGCAGCGCACCCCGCAGGAUGUGGAGCUGCUCUACAAGGCCCUGGAGGAGCCCCUGCUGUUGCAGCGGGCCCAGUCCGUCCUCUACCAAAGCGACCCCGAGGAGUCAGAGAGCUACGCCGCCGACCUCACUGAGAGCCUCGGCCACAGCGCCACCAGCGGCCAGAGCGCCGGCGGGCAGGCGGGCGGGCGGGCGCCCGACUCCCCGGCGCGUGACUCCCUGUACACCAGCAUCACCAACCUGCGAGACUCGCCGUACCCCGACAGCAGCCCCGAGCCCCUGGAGGUGGUGCCCCGUUCGGCCCAGCCCCCCGAGGAGCUGUACUACAGCUCGGGGAGGCCCGCCCUGGGAUCCCGCGGGGCACCCAUGCAGACCUUCUACCAGGCUCCGCCCCGGAGACCGAGCGGGGAGGGACACCAGGCGCCGGAGCCUGCCCACAGUGAGGGAGACGGACAGAUGCAGCUGGUCACCAGCCUGUGACUGGAGCCCGGAGGAGGAAGUCGGAGACUAAUGUGAUGGCCAAGAGCCUGCCUCGUGCUCGUGUCUCUCCUCUCUCUGCUUGUUUGGUUGCCUUUCUUUGUCUUGACUUUUAUUUCGCUAACAAAUGAGCGGAGGGACGUUCAGGGGGGAGUCGUGGCUGACUCUGCAGAAUCAGCCUUCAGCCUUUAUCCUGAACCCUGCCUCGUCUCACCGAGAUGAGGUGAUGGGUAUUUUUCUGCGGAGCAUUCAGUCGGCCGCCAAACCCGUCCUUCCCAGUUCCUUUGGUACCCUAAGACCAAGUCCAGCACUCUGAAUGUACCGAUCCACCCACUUUACCAUCACAUAUUUCAAAACUUUAAAACUCUGUCAAUGUUUUUUAUGUAAUUUCUCUUCAGACCUGCUUCAUGAGAUGGAAAUAUAAUUUUAUAUUUAGUCCUAUUUCCCUUUCGUACCAUCCACAGGUCUUUUUGGAUGAAUCAUUUUGAUCGGAGUAGUUAGCGUUGGAGACAAGGAAUAUAGUACACUAUUAUAACCUAAAAUAUGUCUCACGGAAAGCUCUUCAUUGUUGCCAAAAAUAUCAUUUAUUGAGCCAGAAGCGAAACUAGAGCGUUCAAAAGGCGAACAAAAACACACACACACACACACACGCUCACUCAUCUGGAAGUACUCAUUACUCAACGUCAAAAGUGAAAACAGUACUCCAUCUAAGUAAAAAGGGAACAGGAGCCUUUGUUUCAAGCAGGCAGUGGGAGCAGAUUCAGAGUAGUUGCCUUCGACUAUGUACAGAAGUGGAGCAAAAUUAGAGGCGAAGCCCCCGAGGAGCCGCUGCACCACCCUUCCAGAGCAGCAUCACCUGCAUCCAUGAGACUGGCCAAUCAUCUCCACCGUUCUCUCUGGCUGUUUGCUUCAGGCUUUUAAAAAGUGAAAUGACUGCCUUGCUAUUGUUUUGAAGAAAGUAUUCAAUUUGUCGACUUUGGGUCUGCAUCGUCUGGGGGCCGCAAAGGAGUCGGAGGACAGGUGUCGCGCCCCCCCCCCCCCCCCCCCUCCCCCCCCCCCGUACUUUGCUGUUAGAGCCUAGCCAGUCGAAGUGGACUUGUUUUCCUGUGUGUGGUUGUGACAAACAAGACUGUAAACACCGCAAACUCACUGGUCGACCAAUUGGUAAAGCCGUGUACAUAAGGAGCCACACAUGAAUCUACUUUAUUCCUACUAUGUAAAUAAAGACACCAGAUGAUCAAAAGCAACAAAAAGUAACAAAUACUAUGAAAAAUGACUUCUUGUACUGCAACAAACCAACAAAAGAAAAAAAUAAAAUGUUUUGGAGUUUGUGAACUGAAUGAUGAGCUCUCUCUCUCUCCCCAGUUGCUUGAUCGCUCGCUCUCCUGCUCCUCUGUGCCUCCGGCGGGGAAAAAAAGGGAGAAAGGCAGAGAGAGAGAGAGACAGAUGGAAAUGUGUCGUAGAUCUUAUUUAUACAAAUUUUAAAAAAAGAAAACGAAAAAAAUAUCCCUGCACAGUUUUUAUGUAAGAUAAUCCGUUCCAUGUUGAUAAUGUUUGACCUUUGGCAUUCCCAAGGUGGAAUUUACAAAGGUUGAGGUGGGUGGGGGUUUAGG